CCAUCUUCUCAGCUUUAUGUUUGGUUAAUCUAGGUAGCCUGCAGGUUCUCAGCGGUGAAGUACAAGAUCUUAGAACUUAGAAUAGGGAGAAGAAGAACACGUCAGGUAUGCCGUCGGACGAUUACAUUGACGUGGAUAACUUGCGGCUCGAUUGAUCAGAUUCGGAGCUCGAGAGUGGAACUGGCCCGUAUAAUCAUGAUCCACGGUGAUGGGAUCAUUGGCGGAGCAAGCUAAUGUAUGUACCUUGGUUCCUUCGAAAAACUCGGUGUUCCUUCAAAAUGUAUGAGUCUUGCGACAUUAUUCCCGGAACGGCAGGAGACAAGCUUUCUCGGACGGUACAUGCAGUGCUAUGGGGUCAUUUGCGGAGAAUUCCGGAGCAGUUGCACAAGCACAGCGAGGACGGGGCCGGUGCCGGCUGGUCGUUUUUUCAACAAAAACUCAAAUACCUUACACAGUAGAGCGGAAUCGCUCAGUGCGGCCUCCUGCUAUGGAUUAUGGAUUCCUCUCCGAUGCCGAGUUGAUGCGGGAUUGUUCGAUGUUCGCUCUGCUAGUUUACGCAAGGGCGCGCGGCGGCAUGGAUGUUAUGUACAGCACGCACUGUCGGGUACAUUUCCACACAGGGCACACACGCACACACAUGCGCUGUUGGCCAACAGUUGGUGGCAAGCGCUGGAGCCGAAGCCUGGAUUUGGCAAGUGGUUAGCAAUAAAAAUCAUAGGUUCUCUCAGGUGCGCGCCAACACUAUCGAGAUAAUGACAUUUGGCCACCCGGCAGAUUCCUACGGGAAGUUAAGCAAGUUUGGACACGGGC